AUGAGUGUUAUAUUGUUAACACAACAUUUAUUUUGCAAAGAAUUAAGAAUCCCGCGUAAUAAUUCACAUUAUUUGGUCUUGAUGAGGAAUCCCGCUGGUUCCCUACAGAUUAAAAACCUUGCUACCCAAUUAUUCCCCACGCGAUCAAAAUACUUUCUAGAAUCGUAUGCCGAUGCGACAAAGGAAAUGUUCGGUUAUCUAUUAGUUGAUCUUCACCCAAGUACCCCAGAAAAGCUUCGUCUCAGAACACAUAUAUACAAUGAAAGUGAAACAAUAGUUUAUGUUCCAAAAUGA